CAGAUAAAGGCGCUGCUGCGCCCCUCAAGCAGGGCCGUUGAGUGUUCUCUCUUUGAAGUUAUACAUCUUUAGUUGUUUUUCUUUUUGUACUUCUUCUAUGGUGGAGUGACGCACGUUUCCUUGAGGCUUCUAUCGAGAGAUUGCCGUUUUCCGUUUUUGCUUUUUAUCAUUCCGCGCUUCGGUUGAGAUUGUGGCCCGCUGCUGGGGGUUAUAUUGAGGACACAACCUGCUCAGGACCCUCUCCCCUCGCACUCGACCGCAGCGGUUAGUUUUGCACUCGCUUGCUUCGACGAGACGGGGUCUAGCAGACUGUCACAAAAAUGUCGGACAAACACACGCAUACGGUGAUAAAUGAAAUCCUGCCCAAGGCCGGCCUCGUCUAUUCGGAGAAAGGCAACCUGUCGGAGGUACUGGAUGCUGGGGUUCGUUGGGUUCAAUUUGAAAACGCGAUGUUGCAUACUUAUUUUCAUUUUGAGCAACGAACUGCACUGUGAUAGGGAUCUGUCAUCAUGAGACAAAAGACGGUAACCCUCAGAGUAACGAUGGCAUGGCAAAUCCAAAUCACAUCGCAGAUUCUUUGCAAGCCGAAGAUUAUGCCACUCAAAUCGGCGACGUUGCAGAAGCUCGAGACCGCCGAAAGGAACCUUGAGGAGGCAACAAGGAAAGACAAAAACAGUUCCUGGACCCGGGAAGACUUGCAGCAGCCCACUGGGGGUGGAGGAGGUGGACAGCGUGGGCCGACCGUCACUUCUGAAGUUAUGAGCUUUGACUGACGAAAUCAUUAUGAUGUUUCAUCUUCACAUGAUUCAGUCUGUGAUGGCCGCGGUUGUUCGAAAGUCUGUUCAGACCAGAAGAAAUAGAAGCAGCAUAGUCAUGCUUACAUGAUUCGCAACCAUCAGC